GCAUUUAAUAUCUUGAAAUUAGUUGAGUAGCUCAACAAACCCACCUGCAUCUCAUCAAUUUCAGUAGCCAGCCUCUGUUAUAUUUAUUUCUUAUCCCCUGUAUUACAGCUCCAAAUCCCUAUCUAGCCUUGUUUGUUAUUAAUGGCGAGGAUUUUGUCACUCUUCAGGCGCCUGUACCUGACGAUCUAUAACUGGGCAGUCUUCCUAGGCUGGUCUCAGGUGUUGUUUCUUGCUGUGAAAACGUUAAAAGAUUCGGGCCAUGAGCAUGUCUACAUUGCUGUCGAGAAGCCUCUUCAGCUCGCUCAAACUGCUGCUGUUUUGGAGAUUCUUCAUGGUCUAGUAGGGUUGGUGAGGUCUCCAAUAACAGCAACACUGCCCCAGAUUGGUUCAAGACUGUAUCUAACAUGGAUCAUCUUAUAUAGUUUCCCUGAGAUUCGGUCCCACUUUCUUGUUACUUCUUUGGUCAUUAGCUGGUCAAUCACAGAGAUUAUUCGGUAUUCUUUCUUUGGCGUGAAGGAGGUACUUGGUUUUGCACCUUCAUGGCUCAUGUGGCUCAGGUACAGCACCUUUUUGCUGUUGUAUCCAACUGGUAUCAGCAGCGAGGUUGGUCUAGUAUAUUUCGCCUUGCCAUACAUUAAGGGAUCUGAGAAAUAUUGUUUAAGGAUGCCCAACAAAUGGAACUUUUCUUUUGACAACUUCUAUGCUGCAAUUCUCGUGCUUGGAAUUUACAUCCCAGGCAGCCCUCACAUGUACAGCUAUAUGCUUGGGCAGAGAAAGAAAGCUCUCUCUAAAUCAAAAAGGGAGUAGAAAUUGUAGCAUGGCUGCAAAAUGGUCCAACAUUAUGCAUGUGAUUUACCACUACUAUGUCAGUUCAGUUUGGAAUUCUAUUGGGAACUUUGUUUUGUUGUCCUUUUUUUCCCCUUCUUUCUCUAGAAUGUUUGUCUCUGGCAAAAAUUACAUGGAAGGUUAUUUAGAAUUAUAAGAAAACUGCUCUCUACUUUCCCAAAA